CUAAGUUUGGGAAACGGUCCGCCCGCCGCCGCUCUCUCCUCCUUUGAUCCAAUACCUAGUUCGCCGCGCCAGUCUAACUUCACCUCGGCUUCCUCCUCCCACCCCUCUUCUUCAUUUCCUCUUCGGUUCCAAUCUUUCGACCAUAUUUAGAUCAAAUAUCCAGAACAGAGCUCUGGUGGUUUGAAAAUUUAUGUUCGCGAUCUUGCAUUUUGCUGAAGCUUCCAUAUCUAUUUUGAACUGGAUUUGUGGCUCCGAACAGAGCUCGGGACACUUUGACUCGUGUUGCAUCCCUUCCGCCUUUUCACUUCUUCAGCCUGCUUGCUCGGAACUUACUUUCGCGAUCACCUUUCCAUUCAGAGGAAUCAUCAAAGCUUUUUUUGUCACCGACCCUUUUGUACUUCGCUCUCUCCUGCUUUUAUAACCUAGAGAGAAGCGAGACAAAGUAAAGAGUCAAAUGGGACGUAGGAUUCUAAACGAUGCGCUAAGGACUAUCGUGAACGCGGAGAGAAGGGGAAAGGCCACUGCACAACUUCAACCCAUCUCCACUGUGAUGGCUUCCUUUCUUGGUAUAAUGAAACAAAGAGGAUACAUCAAAGAUUUUCAAGUCUACGAUCCACACAGAGUUGGAAGAAUUACUGUGGAAUUGCUAGGAAGAAUUAAAGACUGCAAGGCUUUGACGUAUAGGCAGGAUAUCAAAGCCAAGGAAAUUGAAGAAUAUCGUGUCCGCACUCUUCCAACACGCCAGUGGGGUUAUGUUGUCAUCAGAACUCCUAUUGGCAUAUUUGAUCACGAGGAAGCCCUAAGGCAAAAUGUUGGUGGUCAGGUACUGGGUUACUUUCAUUGAUGCAAUUUUAAUGAAACAUUAAAAUGGAAAUUCUUCAUGACACUUUUUAGCUUUGUUUUGAAGUUUUAAUUUCUUCUUUUGCUCUUUAAAUGUGUUGAGUGCUUUUAUAAAGUUGUACAUUUAACCUUGAAUAAAUA